AUGUGUGCGACCGCGCGCAGCCCCGGUGCCCCCGGGCGCAAAGUCUCCAGCCCUGGCCGGGGCCCGCUCCUCAGCUCCGCGGUCCCGGCGCCCACCGCCCCUGGCCCCUGGCCCCAGAAGCCAGUACCCGCCCGCCGCCGCCUCUUCUGCCAGCGCCGCCGCGUCUCUCUAGCGCUCCGAGCUGCGUCCCCAUCCCCGCCCCCACCUCAGCUGUGGCUCCUCCGACGAGUCAGGCGAGGGGGCGCCUCGCGCAAGCAUCCCCGGCAAGCGGGCGGGGAGAAGAAGGAGGCGGGGAGGCCGACACCCACCCAGCCAGCGGCUCUCCGCUGGGCGCCGGGCCGCCCCUCCGCUGCUGGCGCCGCACCCGGCACGCACUGGGCUCGCGCACCACGCACACCUGCCCGCCGACUGCGGGGGGAGCCCUGGGCGGUGGGGGCGUUGGCCAAGACGGGCGAGUGGGCUUCUCGGGUUCUACUCUGUGAAGGCCAAGGCAAGGGCGUCGUCGCGCGCUGCCUGGCGGAGCCCAGCCCCUUCCCCACACUGUCGCUGACACGCCCGCCUGUCAAAGGCUCCGAGGCCCAGAUGAGCAGGGCGAUUUUAAAUGUCAGAUCCUGCCGGCCAUCCGCGACCGUCACCUGUGCGUCUUCAGCUCCUCAGGCUCCUCCGCUUGUCUCAGUUACAACUGGGAGCCCGGGUGGGCAGCCCUCAUUUUCUAUAUGGAUGAUGUCAUUCUCCUGCCAAAAACUCUUCAAUGACCUCCUACAGCAUUUGGCAUAAUAUGUUACUUGCCAGGGAGCCUGAAGUUUUCAUUAUCUGAAUUUCACCUUGGAAUUAGAGAGAAGAAAUUGGAUAGUGUUGUCUUCUGAAGGCACUAUUCAGAUGAAUCCACAAGAACUCAGAAGAAGAGAGGGAAUGCACUGAAGAAACUCAUUUACCCUUGUCCAUUA